AUGUUCAAUGAUGGUACACGUGGAUGUAAAAUUGAUCAAAAGAUCAAAUGGAACAUGAUCCAGUUGCAGCCAAAGGAAGUUACUCCUGAAGCAUACCACCUUGUUACCAACUUAUUGGACAAAGAACCUCUUAACCAUUUUAGUACCAGUCAAGUUUUGCAACAUCCCAUGUUUUGGAGUCCUCACAAGAGAAUGUCGUUUCUUCGCGAUGUUAAUGAGCGGAUUGCCUAUGUGUCAACGCCGACCGUCACAGAUCAUCUCUGGAACAAUGCAGAGACGAUUAAGGGUAUGCCAGUAUGGGAUAAAUGGAGUAAGAAACUAGAUGAAAACAAUAAUUCAGUGACAUUGAUGACGAUCCACCUCCUUCGAAGCAGAAGUGAAUUUACAAUUACACAUUGGCCCGUGAUUUGCUACGACUAG